CAUUGCAGUACCCCCUAAAAGCCAAACCAUGGCCGCCUAUUCCAGUUUAGAAAUCAGCCCUGCUGCUCAGCGCUUAGAAUACAAGGAGCUUAACUUUGGCAGCCUGUACCUUUACCACACCCAGUUUGGCCCCAAGGCUAACCAAGAAGAUAUAAUCGCCCCCAAGAAUGGAUUAGGUCGGACUAUCGUCAACAACUGGGAAGUGUAUGACGGGGUCGGCCCUGGCUCCAACCUUGUCGCGCGGGCACAGGGCCUGCACAUAGAGGCUGGUAACUGGCACAACUCCUUCAGCCUAGUGUUUGAGGAUGGAAGGUUCAAGGACUCGAGUCUUGAGCUGAUGGGAAUACACUCUAUGUGGGAGUGGGCUAUUGUUGGGGGGACUGGAGAUCUUGCUAUGGCAACGGGUGUCGUAAAGAAGGUUACGUAUGAAAGUAACGCUGAUGGAAAUAUUCUGGAGCUCACUGUCAGAGCAUUCUGCCCUGUGGUCAACGAGUUAACAUUUAUGGAGAGCCCUGCCCUAAAGAUUGGGCCGUGCGGUGGACCUGGAGGGUAUGCACAGGACAUCGCAGAGGGCCCAAAGCGUCUGGAAAGCAUCACAGUUCGAAGCGGAGUUGUUGUCGACUCCAUUGAGUUUUCUUACAUUGACCAUGCUGGCCGAAGGCGCUCUGCAGGCCCAUGGGGCGGUCACGGUGGCAAUCCACACACGAUCCAACUCGACGCUGACGAGUUUGUCACGGAAAUGUCCGGAACAAUCGACAAGUUCGACGUAAACGAUGACAUUGUCAUAACUUCACUCAGAAUCGUGACCAACCUCCAGACUUUUGGUCCAUGGGGUGAUGGGAACGGAGCUCCUUUCACUGUCCCGGUGCAAAGUGGCAGUGGCAUUGUGGGCUUCUUCGGGCGCAGUGGGGCGUACCUCGACGCCAUUGGCGCUUACGUGCGCCCCAUCUGAACGGCGGCAAGAAAGCUUGAUUAUUAUGCUCCGGGUUUGUUUGUUUCCAUCACUUGUCUUGCUGCUCAACAAGAAUUCAAAUGGGGAUCCACUCCUGUGCUGAGCAUCCACCGGAAUGUAGCUAUAAAAGUAUGGGCGACGACGUUUGCCGAUGUCUUGGUUUCGUCCAAUAAAUGAAGGUCUUGUUCGUUAGCAGUAAACCUGGUGUUGGGUUUCGGUUCAAGUUUCCAGAGUCUGCUGAGUGUUCUUCAUGGUUUUCAUCAGGUCUUUGUCUCGGUCAGAGUAUCUGUCCGUCGGUCUGGAGCGCACGAUCGACCGGGGAUGCCGGACGUGCGCACGUCAAGCUCGGCCACUAUGGCGGCGAUGAUCUUUCCGUGCUUAUUUGUAAUACUUGCUUAUAUGUAUGAAAUCGGAGCAGAAAACGUCGCAGUUGUUUAGCGGCACCAAUCUCUGAUCCCGUACUACAGUUCGUCAUGUAGUACCCAAUAAACCAUCAAUGUAGUAUCCAAUGUCUUAUAUACAUACCAAUCUAAGGAUUUCUGAA